AUGAACCAUACGUCAGUGGUGGAGUUCAUUUUGUUGGGCUUGACCAACAACCAGCAUUUGGAAAUCAUCCUGUUUGGGGUUCUUCUGUUCAUCUUCCUUUUGAUCCUGCUGGGAAACCUCACUGUCAUCACCAUCACGCUGGUUGACCAUCGUCUCCAGACCCCCAUGUAUUUCUUCCUCCGGAAUUUUGCCUUUCUGGAGAUCUCCUUCACUUCCUCCUUCAUUCCCAGGACCCUCUACAGCCUCCUGAUGGAUAAGAAAGCCAUUUCACUUCCUGCGUGCUUCAUCCAGUUAUUGUCAUUUUUCUACUUGGGAUCCUGUGUGUUUUUCCAUGUGGCGAUGAUGUCCUUUGACCGCUACAUGGCCAUUUGCCGCCCCUUACAUUACCCCACCAUCAUGAAUGGGAGAUUUUGCAUCCAGCUGGUGCUCAGCUGUUGGGUGGCUGGUUUUGUUUUGAUGGUUCCUCCCAUUGUAAUGAUUACCCAGUUGCCAUUCUGUGGGCCCAAUGUCAUGAACCACUUCUACUGUGAUACAGCCCCCUUGCUUGCAUUCUCCUGUACAGAUACACAGUUCAUUGAAAUACUACUCUUGAUUGCACUGAUCUUUAUCAUACCCGGUACUCUGACCGUGACCAUCAUUUCCUAUGGCUAUAUCAUCUCCACCAUCCUACGCAUCCCAUCUUCCACGGGAAGGAAGAAGGCCUUUUCUACUUGUUCUGCUCACCUCUUGGUGGUUACAAUACUGUACAGCAGUGCAAUUUUCAGGUACAUCCGGCCAUCUCAGAGAGGUGGGCAGGAUUUUGACAAGACUGUGUCCUUUCUUUACUCGGUGGUGACCCAGCUCUUUAACCCUUACAUCUAUACACUGAGGAACCAGCAAGUCAAAAAGGCUCUGUGGGAUCUCUGUAGCAGGGCAUUUUCUCAGUGCAUCAUUGAAAUCUGA